GGAAGUUCAUGCAGCGAAUGCAUCCAUCUGGGCUUACGGGACACUGUCAUCUGCAGUAAUUGUAUUCUGGUGCAUUCGUUUGGAUAAAGAGAGAAGAGAGCCCACCGACUGUAUCUUCAAUGAUGUAGGAGGCGCUGUUGACAUAAAGAAUACAUACGAUCGGGGGAAAAAGUCGUUCUCCUGGGAUUGUAUUGAAGUGCUAUCUCUCUCUUCCAUUGGUGGCAGGGGCAUUAUUAGUGGGCCUGCCUUACAGCAUCUCUCUGGUUGCCCAGUGGCUCUAUGGCUGGCCCAGUAAACCAGGGUACCAAAAAUAUUUAGAGGCUGUCAAACCAAGACGCAUAUACUGCCUGACAAGAGCCGUGCUUGAAAUGCUGAAGUAUCUGCAGUAUGGCAAACUGUAUUUUCAGUGGAAACUGUGGUACAGUAAUGACAAAAAUAACAAGCACUAUGUGAAAGGCAUCACCUUUGGUCGCAGAGGGAAUAAGUUAGAUUUAUAUUAUUCACCAAGCACGGGUCAUUCUGAUGCUGCUCCUGUACCGGUGGUUGUAUUUGUUUAUGGAGGAGCCUGGGGUUCAGGAGACCGCUCUAUUUACUGCCUGUUAGCCUUACAAAUGGCAAAAGAGCUUAAUGCCUCUGUAAUAUGUCCUGAUUAUUCCAUAUUUCCAAAGGGAAAUGUGUUAAAUAUGAUUCAAGACAUUAGUGACAGUUUGCUGUGGGUGAGAGAAAAGGGACAUGCGUUCAAUCUUGAUCAAGACAACAUAAUAUUAAUAGGUCAUUCAGCGGGAGCUCAUCUGUGUUCCAUUACCACACUGUUUCUGGUGAACAAUGUAGAAGAAUUGUUCAUCGAGACCAACAAACAGAGAGAUCUUGUAUCUGCCAUUAAAGGAAUCAUAGGUCUGAGUGGCGUUUACAGUAUAUUGGAUCAUUAUAAGCAUGAGAAAAUGCGGGCUGUUGAAUAUGUGUCAACUAUGCACAAAGCUAUGGAUGGUGUGGAGAACUUUGAUUAUUAUUCACCAACAUCAUUACUCAAGAAAUUGAAUAAGGAUCAGUUGAAACGCGUUCCUCCAGUGGGUUUGCUCCAUGGAACCAAUGACAUCAUAGUUCCGGCGGAAUCAUCAGUGAUGUUCUCUGAGCUCCUGACUUCUCUUUCUGUCAGUAUGUCUCUUUAUCUAAUACCUAAAAUGAACCACACCGAGAUGGUCACUGACCUUAUGGCUCCAGACAGGCACUUUUACCAUUCUGUUUAUGGCUGUAUUAAACAGGAGUACAGUAAAUUUCAGGGUUAGGUUGAUUAAUAUUUGUAUUCUUAUUUUUAUUAUUAUUAGUCAUAAAAGUCAUACAAUUACUAAUAUCAUUUUCUAAUAUGCCAAACAGUCAUUAUCCUUAAGUCAUUAUAUGUUCUUUAUAGUUGAAUUGUAAGUUUACAUUCAAGUUCUGAUGAUGUUUUUCUCUGAAAUGUUUAAUUUUCCAUCAAAAUGUGUUCAAUAAGAUGAAAAUGUUAGCUCUGUGCUUGCUCAUUUAAAUAAAAAAAUAAUCUGUUUAAAAAUCUACCUUUAAAGUGUAAUUAAAUGCAACGGAGAGAGAUUGUUCCAGUUAAAACAGGAAUAAUUAAUGAAUAAAGAUACAAUUAUGUUUCGCAUUCGAAAAUGCAAUAUGCAUGGAGAAAUACUGCAUUCUUAUACAUAUAUUUUAGGUUUACUUGUGUAAAUUCUUCUAUAAUGUUUAUUUGAAUCAUACAUAAAUGUUUCCCUUUGUGUUCUACUUACAGAAUUAGUAAUUUGGUUAUUGAUCUUCUUUUGUUUGUUUGCCAUUCACAGUUGAUGCCACUUGAUCUUAGAUUGAAUAACAUAAUGCUUCAGCUGUGCAUGCUGCAGAAAUGUUAUUGAUUUAUAUUUGCUUUGGUCAUGACUGAUGAAAUGUUGUUGCCAAGAACACAUGUAUGUUCCUAAUCGUCGGGUGUUUAGACCAGCAUUGAAUAUUCACCUUAUAAGUAAACUGCUCCUUAUUGUGGGAGCAUUAUGCUUAUGAUAUAUUAGGAAUGUAAAAUGGAUGUAACAUAAAGUUAUAGCACAGGUGUAGGAUUUAUUAUUAUUGAGAAAUGUGUUUGAUUAAAUAUACAUGUAUUACAAGUGAAUAUAUUUACAUAUUGAUUGCACUGAAACUGUAACAUCCACAUCAGCAUCAUGUAAAAUUGACAUUCCUUUCUUCUUUUACUGCUGUGGCAGUAAAGUGCAUUAAACAAACACUAUAAAUUC